CUGCGGCUGGUGGGUGGAGGAAGCCCGUGCGACGGGCGAGUGGAGAUCUUCCAGCACGGGAGGUGGGGCAGAGUCCUGGAUGAGCAGUGGGACGUGCAGGAGGCCAGCGUGGUGUGCCGGCAGCUGCAGUGCGGAGAGGCAGAGGCAGCCUACAACCCCCCGAAGGCUCAGAGAGGGACGGGUCCCGUGGGGCUGCGCGGGGUGCGGUGUGCAGGGCACGAGGCCAACCUGACCCUCUGCAACACCUCCCUGCCUGAGAGUGCGCUGGAAGCAGGGAUUGCCGAGGACGUGGGGGUCGUUUGCCGGGGUGAGUGGCGCUGCACGGCCCCCCCAGGGAGCCGUCAGGUGCGGCUGGUGAAUGGGCGUGGGCGCUGCGCUGGGAGAGUGGAGAGCUACUACCAGGGCGGCUGGGGGAGCGUCUGCGAUGACGGCUGGGACCUGUCUGAUGCUGCCGUCGUUUGCCGCCAGCUGGGCUGCGGAGGGGCGCUGGAGGCGGUUGGCUCCGCUCGCUUCGGGGAAGGCUCCGCUCAGAUCUGGCUGGAGAGCGUGAACUGCUCCGGGGCCGAAGCUGCUCUCUGGGACUGCCCGGCAGGGUCCUGGGGGCAGCACGGCUGCGGGCACAAAGAGGACGCAGGAGUCGUCUGCUCAGAGUUCAUGGCCCUGAGGCUGGAGAACAGCACCAACUGCUCCGGGCGCCUGCAGGUUUUCUACAAUGGGACGUGGGGGAGCGUUUGCUCCAACUCCAUGACUCCUGAAACUGUGUCGCUGGCAUGCAAGGAGCUGGGCUGCGGGGACAGAGGGUCCCUGGAAACACAACGGCCCCACGGCAGGCUGUCUGGCACGGCCUGGCUGGAUCGUGUGGAGUGUGGGGAGAGAAACAGCUCCUUCUGGCAGUGUCCCUCCGCUCCCUGGCACCCGCAGUCAUGCGACGACCUGCGAGAUGAGACCCACAUCACCUGCAAGGGUAAUUCUGAGCUAGCCGGGCACCAGCAUCCCCUGCGAUCCUGCUCCUGCUCUCUGCCUUCUCCAGACAGGGAGAAGAUUCGUGCCGUGGGAGGGGAGAAGGGGUGCUCUGGCCGAGUGGAGGUGUGGCACCGCGGCUCCUGGGGGACGGUGUGUGACGACUCUUGGGACAUGCGGGAUGCCGAGGUGGCAUGCAGGCAGCUGGGCUGUGGCCCUGCGGUGUCUGCCCUGGCCGAGGCUGCAUUUGGGGAGGGGAGCGGCCCCAUCUGGCUGGAGCAGGUGGAGUGCCGGGGGACAGAGCCAUCUCUGCAGGACUGCUGGGCCCGGCCUGGGGACAGCGGUGCCUGCCGCCAUAAGGAGGACGCGGCCGUGAUCUGCUCAGAUCCCACGCGGGGCCGUCUGACCGUCAGCAGGAGAGUCUCAUUGCCCAUCAUCAUGUGCAUCAUCCUGAAAGCCGUUCUCUGCCUGUUCCUGGCCCUCCUGGCCGGGCAA